AUGGCAAGCAAACUUUUGUCUUCUUCUUUUCAUCAUCAGUUUUUGACUGCUCUGUCGCUUUUGGCUUUGACCGGCUGCUGCUUGGGUGGCUUUGCAGCCACCUACUCCGGCUUCCAUCCUGCGUAUGCCACCUACCAGGCAGCUCCUACCGUUUACCAUGCUGCGCCUGCCGCUUUCUACCAGCAGGCCGUAGCGCCGGUUUAUACCAAGUCCUAUGCUGUGCCCACGCCCUUCGUUAAGGCCGUUGCUCCCGUUGUGAGAACGUAUGCUGCGGCUCCUGCGGCUGUGCCUGCUGUUGCACCCGUUGUGAAAACCAUUGCUGCUGCGCCCUUGGCUCCGGUCGUCAAGCAAGUGGAACUGGAGUCGGCUCCCCGCUACGAUUUCUCGUAUGGUGUGCAUGAUUCCCUCACCGGCGACAUUAAGAGCCAAGUGGAGAGCCGGGACGGCGGCAAUGUGGUUGGCUCCUACAGCGUCCUUGAUGCCGAUGGCUAUAAGCGUACGGUAACCUACACGGCCGAUGACAUCAACGGCUUCAACGCGGUGGUGCAGCGUGAGCCUGUGGUGGCUGCCCGUACUGCCGUUGUGGCACCUGUUGCUCCAGUUCCUGUUGUGUCCUCGGCUGCUGUUCCUGCACCCAGUGUUCUGCCCGCACCCAUAUACUACCCACAAGCACAACAGCAGCUGUUCCAUCCACAGCAGCUGUUCCAGCCACAGCAGCAGCUGUUCCAGCCACAGCAGCAGCUGUUCCAGCCACAACAGCAGGGUAGUGCCGAACAGGAAAGCGAAGUUGUGGAAGCACUACGUCAGCCCGAUCAGGAGCCAGCACCCGUUGAUUACUCUGAUGCCCAACAACAGCAGCAGCAGGUUUAUCCACAGGAUCAGCAGUUCCCACCUUACCCAUCCGCUUCACCAGCCCCUGUCGCCACGUCCGAUGAUUCGGAUUCCGAUGUGGUGGAGGCGCGUUCCGCCCAGGAGUCAAGCAGCACCACCGCUGCCCCAGCUGCCGUUAACGAACAGGACAAAGAGCAGGACAACAAGUCUGCUUAGAUUGUGAUCCAUCAUUAAGCACCUGAAUAUUCCAUAUAUUUUGUUGAGAUUAAAGCCGUGUAUACAAUUGUA